AUGGCCGCCAGCAAUGCCCGUGCUCCUGCUGAGGGUAUGCUCUGGGGUGGGCGCUUUACAGAUAAGCUUCUCUAUAAGGAGGAUAUUCUUGGCAACAUUGCUUUUGCCCGCGCCAAUGCCAGGUUAGGCAUCAUCUCUAAUAACGAGUUCACCGAAAUCGAGCGCGGUCUCCGAGAGGUGAUGAAGGAGUGGGAGGCAGAGACUUUUGUUAUUAUGCCCAAUGAUGAGGACAUUCAUACUGCGAAUGAGCGACGCUUAUCUGAGAUCAUCGGUAAAGAAAUUGGCGGGAAACUCCACACUGGUCGCAGCCGAAACGAGCAGGUUGUUACCGAUGUGCGAAUGUGGUUGCGCGAGCGUAUUCGUGAGAUUGAGAGCCAUCUUGUUGCCUUCCUUCAGGUUAUUGCCGCCCGUGCUGAGGCUGAUAUCGACCAUAUCAUGCCUGGGUACACGCAUCUUCAGUUGGCCAUGCCAGUUAAGUUUUCCCAAUGGCUUUUGUCGUAUGACUUUUCCUUUGCGGCUGAUCUAGAACGUUUAUGGGAGGUCUUGAAACGGGUCAACAGGAGCCCACUCGGUGUCGGUGCUCUUGCCGGCAAUGCCUUCGGUAUCGAUCGUCAAAUGAUGGCCAAGGAGCUAGGCUUUGAAAGCAUCAUGUGGAAUAGCAUGGGCGCAGUUGCUGACCGUGACUUUGUUACCGAAUUCUUAGCUUGGGAAGAAGAAUCCCGACGGCCUCGAACUUUUGAGAGUGUGCAGAUCGCAAAUGGCAUCCUCAGUACUCUUAAGCUUCGACCUGAGCGGAUGACAGCGUCGCUCAACUCUUCUCUUCUCGCCACCGACGUUGCAGACGCCCUGGUGAAAAUUAGCGUGCCUUUCCGUGAGGCACACCAUAUUUCAGGGCGUGUGGUGGCUAAGAGCGAGGUUCUUAAGGGUAUGUUAGCUUAG